GACAUAUGCAUUCACGUAUUGUACCUCCGGAGUAUCUUGAGCUGACCCAGUAUCUCAUUUCACGGCAGCCUAAUAACCCUAAGACAUUGCCAUACACUUGGCUUCGCCUUUCUUUCUGCUGGCCAUAGACCAAGAACACCGCCGAAAUGGCGGCAAGCCCAGUCAAUGUGGUCGAGGACCAGGGCCGACUGCUCGAGGAGGCAUUAGGAGUCGUGCGCCAGCAGUCACAACAGAUGCGCAAAUGUCUAGAAACUCCUGGCAAGCUUAUGGAUGCUCUUAAAUGCGGGUCUACGUUAGUAUCUGAGCUGCGGACGCCAACUCUUGGACCAAAGCAAUACUACGAGCUGUACAUGGCCGUUUUCGACGCCCUAAGAUACCUCUCUGAAUAUCUUCGCGAAUCACAUCCUGUGAAUCACCUCGCCGACCUAUACGAACUGGUUCAGUAUGCAGGCAACAUAAUACCCAGGUUGUAUCUGAUGGUGACGGUGGGGACGGUCUACAUGGGUGUCGAUGACGCGCCGGUCAAAGAGAUCAUGAAGGACAUGAUGGAAAUGAGUCGGGGUGUGCAACACCCUAUCCGCGGCCUGUUUCUACGAUAUUACCUUAUGGGACAAGCACGAGAUCACUUACCCAUGGGUAAAGACGACGGUCCUCAAGGGAACAUCCAAGACUCGAUCAACUUCAUUCUGACAAACUUUGUGGAGAUGAACAAACUGUGGGUAAGAUGGCAGCAUCAAGGUCACUCCAGAGAACGGGAACAACGGACACAAGAGCGCAGAGAACUAGAACUACUUGUCGGAAGCAACUUGGUUAGGCUGAGCCAAUUGGUGGACCUGGAGACGUACAAGUCCACCAUCAUUGGUCCUCUACUUGAACAAGUCGUACAGUGCAGAGAUGUUCUAGCGCAGGAAUAUUUGCUUGAAGUAAUCACCAAAGUCUUUCCUGAUGAAUACCAUCUUCACACGCUGGACGAAAUGCUUUCGGCCAUUGCUAGGCUAAACCCGCACGUCGACAUGAAGAAGAUUGUGAUUGGCUUGAUGGAUCGCUUAUCGACCUACGCACAGAGAGAAUCCGAGGGUGUGUCCACCGAAGACAAACGAACAGCAGAAGAAGAGGCUGUGGCUCGGAUGCUGGAAAAGGUCGACUUAAACCAGGACUCGAAGCCGGCAGCGCCAUCCGCUGACGCUGAGACGCCCAAGACGAACGGCGCAGAUUCCAAAGUACCUGAGGAAGCACAGCCUGCUGACUCGGAACCCGCUACUUCUGUUACACCGUCGACGAACGGCGAAAAGAAGAAUGCUGGUGUUGCUGAUGUCAAGCUGUUUGAGAUCUUCUAUGACCAGGUUGUGAGCCUGGUAAAGACGAGGGGCCUUCCAAUUCAGGAUACUAUGGCUCUCUUGACUUCCCUUGCCAACCUGGCCCUCAACAUCUACCCGGACAGGCUGGAAUAUGUGGACCAAAUCAUGGCCUAUGCCCGUGACAAGGCAGCGGAAUAUAUGGAUUCUGCCGACCUCCACUCCGCCGCAACACAAUCCAACAUGCUGAACCUCCUCCUCUCUCCCAUACGGACAUAUUUCUCCCUCUUCACCGCGUUGUCCUUACCCAACUACCUGCCACUAUAUCAGUCACAGUCAUAUGCCACACGGCGUGCCGUCGCUGGCGAAGUGGCGAAGAACAUCCUACGAGAUCGGAUCCUCAUCACCACUACCCAACACUUAGAUGGCGUCAUGUCUCUCCUCAAAGUGAUCAUCAAAGAAGGAAUCCAACAGCCUGGAGGCUAUCCUGGAUUAAACCGCCAACGAGGAGGCGAAUCCGACGAGACUGUCGAAGAACAAGGCUGGCUUGCAAGGAUAGUCCACUUUAUUCAAGGUGCCGACAACGAAACCCAGCUGAAACUCCUACAACAAACGAAAAAGGCUUACGAGCCUGGCAAUGAGCGGAUAAAGUACACCACCCCAGCCAUCAUUACCGCAUCCAUGAAGCUUGCACGGAAAUUGAAAUCGCGGGAACACUUCGAAGACAACUGGCAGAAUCAGUCAUCUACACUAUACCGGUUCAUGCACCAGACAUUGUCUCAACUUUACACCCGCGUCAAUCCUGCGGCUGCAGAGCUGUGCCUACGUCUUUUUGUUUCUUGCGGCCAAAUUGCCGAUCAGUGUGGGUUCGAGGAGUUUGCGUACGAGUUUUUCGCACAAGCAUUUACGGUGUAUGAGGACAGCAUUAGCGAUUCAAGAGCGCAGUUCCAGGCUGUCUGCAUUAUCGCUGGGCCGCUCCAAGCGACUCGAGGCUUCGGAAAGGAGAAUUAUGAUACCCUCAUCACCAAGGCCGCCUUGCACGGUAGCAAGCUUCUGAAGAAACCGGAUCAGUGUCGUGCUGUAUAUCUAGCAAGCCACCUUUGGUGGACCGUCGAAGUACCUGGUAGGGAGGAAGAUCCCAAGAACCUUUAUCGGGAUGGCAAACGCGUGCUGGAGUGCUUGCAAAGAGCAUUGCGCGUGGCAGACGCUUGUAUGGACACUGCGGUGUCCGUCGAGUUGUUUGUCGAAAUCCUCAACAGAUACGUCUAUUAUUUUGAUCAACAAAACGAGACGGUUACGACAAAAUAUCUUAAUGGACUGAUCGAACUCAUCCAUUCCAAUUUGACGACCACAAACACAGAGGGCAACCCUCAAGCAUUGGAGAACCCCAAACGCCAUUUUUUCAGGACUUUGGAUUAUAUCAAGUCGAGGGACUACGAAGGGGUGGUUACAGAGGCAAGACAAUAAUAGAGCAGUAGAAGCUGACUCUUGGACUUGCAGACGGACCGAAUGCUCCGUCAGGAUCUUGUAGAGAUGCUCCAAAAGCCUUGGUCCCCGAUGUAAAUCAUAAAGGAGACUCUUAUAAUCUCUUGGUGCCAGCGUGGCAAAGUUGCGUUGGGGACUGAAUUGUGGUCUCUUCGCAAGCAACGAGAUGAGACGAGGGAUUGCCUCGGGUAGAUAUUGUCCAGAAUUAAAUGAGUGCUAAAGGACUGGAUGCAUCGUCCGUGAAUGCGAGACGCUAUCAGGGG